AUGGGUCAACGAAGCAAAGUGUUGGACACGGAAGGCCCGACACCAAAGUUUCUCUAUGCCAUUAUCAAACAGUUGAGCUUGAAAGAUAUUGAUUGGAACAAGGUUGCAUCUGACCUUGAAAUCUCCAACGGUCAUGCUGCACGCAUGCGUUACUCGCGAUUCAAGAACCAGAUAGAUCCGCCUCCCGUGACCAAGAAAAAGAACUCCAAGAAGGGAGUCAAGGGCGACCUGAAGGGAGAUCUGCAGGCGCCUCCGACAAUGACACACCCAGCCUUCCUGGAAUCGGGAAUUGUGCCAAAACUCGAGCCAAAUGGGUCACCAUUCCAGUCCAACCCCAACCCGUUCGUCAAAUACGAGCCCGGCACCCCGAAUGUCCAUGGCAUCCAAGGCAUGACCAACCCACAAGACAACUUUUACUCUCCAUUCCCACAAGUCAUGUCUCCAGCCUCAUCAAUGCUAUCUCCCCAAAUGAUGCCGUCCCCGCAAAUGAUGCCACCCAAGUAUCUUGAUCACUAUGAGCCAAUCUCCCACGAAGCUCUGCCCCGAGACAUUGCGAGCAGUGUGCCACUGUCUUUGGCCUCGGGCAUGUAUGCCCCAAUGCCAACGUCAACUCCAUUGAGUUUCACAACCUGCCCAUCUUUUCCAAUGUCCCAUGAUCUCAACAUGCCAGACUUUCCCUCCCAGACACCUGGUUUCACUAGCGGCCCGGUCAUAACAUGGGAGCCAAUCCCACAGCAGCAAAACGAUUCUCCACCCUCCCCGCCGAAGAUCAAAGAGGAGCUAGAGCAUUGCGAGGAGACUGUCGAGACUGUGGAAAUUAAGACGGAACAAGCCUCGGGUGAUAAGAUCUGCAUUGAUAUGUAG